UUAGGCACGGGCGGCUCGGCCGGUGCGGGGGGUCCCGGGGAGCUGGGCGGGCAGCGGGGCCGCCGUGAGGGCUCGGCUGGAGCCCGCGCUCUGCCCCUGAGCGCCCGGCUGCCUGCACCCACCAACUCCGCCUCCCUGUUGGGUGGGAGUGCGAGCAGAACUCGCCGUUCCCCGCUCUGUGGGCACCAUCAGCGCGCCCGAGGGUUUCCCGCUGCUCUCCCGCCCCUCAGCUCCGCUGGAGCGUCUGAUCUGCUCCUGCCCCUCGGCCUGUGGUGGAUUCACUCUUUGGUGAUGGCCGGUGCUGUUGAUGCCACAAACUGUGAGGAGAAACAGCUUCCUAAUAAGAGAGAAACUAUGAUCUGGAAGCCCAGAAAAGAAUGUUUGCUGGACAACAUUCCAAAUGUUCCUGACAGCAAGUCUGAGGACAAUGAAGCCUCUGAUGCCUCUCACAGUGAAGGUGAUGACAGUGUCUCUCCUGAUGACUGGUACAACGUGCAUUUUUACCUGGAUGAGGAGGAUGAUGAAGUCUCCAGUAUACCUGACUCUCCAAAGCUGCAAAGUGCUCCUGAGUACGAGGUGGAGGACUGGGAUAAAGAAUUGGAGGAGUCUGCAUAUGGUCCUUAUGGUGCAUCUAAAGCAGCAUCAGCCUCAGUAAAGAGAGGACUUUCUGACUGCCAGCCUUCCAGGUUAAGAGACAAAUCCUGCUCCAAUGACAUAAAGUUUUUGAGCUUGAUGUUGCAGAGAAAGGCACAGUCACACUGCCCUAGAUCAGCUGAUGAGUUUGUGGCUCAGGGGAAGUCUGCUCACUUUGCUGGGGGGUUGUUUUGGUUUUUUUUCCUCUUUAAAAGGUACCAAAUAUCAACCUUUGAAGCCCAGGCAACACAAACUGGGCACCAGAACAGGGUCCAGCUCGUGUGAAGGCUGGCCCACCCAUCCCACCGGAGAAGGUGCAGUUUCUUUUCCACCAGUGCCUGCAAAUGUUCUCUUAGUUAAACGUAGCCAAUUAAAAAGACAAAGCUCAAUAAGGACCUGUUAAAGCUACAGCUUCCUUGAGAGCUUGGAUUUCUUCAGUCUUGCUGAAAAUCAAAGGUAUAAAUUAUGAUAAAAGUUUGCCUAAAUAACUAUAUUUCCUCACUGAAGCAGCUAUUUAUCUGAAACUACAGCAAAGUACCACAGGGCUUCAAAAAAAAGAAAUCAACAAAUUUGCCUGAAAAAUGUAUUUCCUGCACUUGUUUUAUGUGGCUGGCAUACAAUUUCUGUUUGACUGAAUGUACCACAUUAAACUGCUCUGGACAGGAGCUGUGCCCUGACAGCAGCUGGUAAUGGUGCAGGGCAGUUCAGCAAGUGUCCCCUGCAGUGGGAGCCUCCUUGCAGCCUGCAAGGCAUUAACAGAAGUGCUUGUACCUGAAGAGAAAUUUAACUUUUUUCUUUUCCCUGUUGGGAUCUCACCCUGCACUCUUUGCUCUCUGCUGCCUCGGGUCUGUUCUCUGUGGGCUGUGGUAACACCAGUACUGAUCUGGAUGCUCUGCACCUUCCAAAGAUGUGAAAAGCAGCUCAAAUGGUGGCUCAGGUGUAGUUCUUCUGCUGUUACCUGUUUUUCAGGAAACUGUGUUCAUGCAAGUACCAGGGUGUUUUAUUUCAGCAGGGCCUAUUUUAAUGUUCAUAAUGGUUUGCACAGACUGGGGAUGCCAACUUCAAGGAAGUCUGGGGCAGUGCUUAACUGCAGUAGAAGCUGAUGGCAUCACCUGAGGCUGAGUUUGAAAAACCCCCAUGAUUACCUGCAUGUGCUUUUCAAAUACCUUUAUUUUAGGUAUUUUAUUUUUCAAGCUAAAUUGGAGGUGCUCAGUGAUGCUGAACCUUAAAAAGAAAGAAAACUAAAACCAGUCAGAUUUGCUCUUGAAGUCUUGGUGGCCUAACCUGGGCACUGAGAAAUGGAUUCAUGGGUCUACUGAGAAUGCCCUGAAGUGUUAAAGAGGGACUAGCAGGGCUGGAUCCCACUGCAGGAUGUGCACAAGGGAUCCUGCAUGUGAUCCCCUGGCCACGUACCAAGUGUCCCUACAGACCUCUGCUGCACCAGCCCUCCACUCUGACAGGCAGUGUGGCAACUGGGAGAGCUGCUUUGGGAACACAUCAGAUAAAAAUAGCCCCAAACCCCCGUGCUCUCCUCUCCACCACGUGCAGUCACACACAGGAAGGGUUCCAUCCACAGAGGCCAUACAAGAUGGAAAAGGAUAAGCAGGCAACUUGCAGCUUGCCUUAAGGAACGAGACACAAAGUUAUAAAGCCCUGGAAGAGCUUGUCAGACAUUUAUACAGGAGUUCCUAGAGCAGGUAAGGAAAAGAUCCACUCAUCAGGGCCCUGGCUGCAGGAGGAACUGCAGGAAUUGCUCUGUGCACAUCCUCUGUUAGAGGUUCCAGCUCGUCCUUCUGACUUUGAAAUCCACAAGUGGGUUCUCUUCACAGCAGCAGAGCUGAGGCAGGAAGAAGCUGUGGAGGCAUGUUCCAGUAUUUCAGGGCAAAAAAUGUGUUUAUUUCAACAAAUAAAUAUUCUUAUUUAAA